AUGGAGCCCGUCGGCCCGGCCCCCGGCCGCCUCGGGCCGCUGCUCUGCCUGCUGCUUGCUGCGUCCUGCGCCUGGCCAGGGGUCACAGGUGAGGAGGAGCUGCAGGUGAUUCAACCUGAGAUGGUGUCGGUUGCAGCUGGAGAGACGGCCAUUUUGCCCUGCACAGUCUCCUCUCUACAACCCUUGGGGCCCAUGCAGUGGUUCAGGGGUACUGGACCAGAUCGGCAGCUAAUCUACAAUUUCAAAAUAACCCAAGAACACUUAUCUCUCUACCCCCGAAUAAGAAAUGUGGCAGACACCACACAAAGAAACAACAUGGACUUUUCCAUCAGCAUCAGUAACAUCACCCCAGCCGACGCCAACACCUACUAUUGUGUGAAGCUCCAGAAAGGGACCCCUGAUACGGAGUUUAAGUCUGGUCCUGGGACUCGGGUCACUGUGAGUGCCAAGCCCUCUGCCCCCGUGGUAUUGGGCCCCUCGGCGAGGAUCUCACCUGGGCAGACAGUGAGCUUCACCUGCGAGUCCCACGGCUUCUCCCCCAGAGAUGUCACCCUGAAGUGGUUCAAAAAUGGGAAUGAGCUCCCAGCCCUCCAGACCGAGGUGGUCCCACUAAAGGACAGUGUGUCCUACAACGUCUCCAGCAAGACCCAGGUGAUGCUGACCCGAGAGGACGUCUACUCUCAGGUCAUCUGUGAGGUGGCCCACACUACCUUACAGGCCUCUCUUCGUGGGACAGCCAACUUGUCUGAGACCAUCCGAGUUCCACCUACCUUGGAGACCACCCAACUGACCAUUCCAGGGAACCAGGUGAACAUCACCUGCCAAGUGAAGAAGUUCUACCCCAAGAGCCUAGAACUGACCUGGUUGGAGCAUGGCAAUGUGUCCCGAACAGAUUCAUCCUCGAUUCUCACCGAGGACAAGGAUGGGACCUAUAACCUGAAGAGCUGGAUCCUGGUGAACACAUCUGCCCACAGGGAGGAUGUGAAUCUCACCUGCCAGGUGGUACAUGAUGGGCAGCCAGCAGUCACCAAUAAUCUGACCGUGAAGGUCAUUGCCCCCAAGAAGGAGGACCAGAGCACACAAUCAGCCUCUGAAUCCAAACAGCAUAAGAGUAUCUUUAUUGCGGUGGGCGUGGUGUGUGCCUUACUGGUGGCCCUGCUGAUUGCUGCCCUCUUCCUCCUUCGAGUCAAACAGAAGAAAGCCAAGGGUUCUACUUCUUCUACUAGGUUACAUGAGCCCGAGAAGAACGCCAGAGAAGUAACCCAGGUACAGUCCUUGGACACAAAUGACAUCACCUACGCAGACUUGAACCUGCCCAAGGAGAAGAAGCCUGCGCGCCGGGCUGCCGAGCCCAACAACCACACAGAGUACGCAAGCAUCCAGACUGGCCCACCGCCCCCUGGGCCAGAGGACACCCUCACCUAUGCUGACCUGGACAUGGUCCACCUCAACCGGGCCCCUAAGCCAGCCGCCCCCAAGCCCGAGCCCUCUUUCUCGGAGUAUGCCAGCGUCCAGGUCCAGAGGAAGUGA